CCCCGCUCGGGUCUAUACAAACCCCAAUUCCCAAUCAUCCCAAUCAUCCCAAUCAGCCAGCACCGAUGCCUUCUCCCUCUGGCACAAACACCUUCCACGUCAACACCCCCCUUCCCCCCUCCCAAUCUAUCUAUUGCCAUCGCAACUGCCUUAACUCAUCAUCUCAGAUACUCAGCCAGAUACCCGAGAUCGUUAUGUGCGUGUCAUUUAUUUCAUUAGAUCUUUCUAUUGCCAGCACAGCAUGAAUCUGUCAGGUUCAGGUCGAGA